AUGGAAGGAAAAGGACCAGAGCAUCCCGCUUCAAAAUUGUCUCUAAACUGCUCAGACUCUUUGCUUCUAUUGCUUUAGAGCACCAAUCUCUGUAUUUCCAUAUGGGUCCUUUACCGGCCAUUGCACGAUCGCUUGGCCAUCACUGCGGCAGGAUAAGGAAACCCUACUCUCACUUCUACGAUUUGGAUGGAUUUACUACUGGGUUUAUUUCGAUUUCGGGGAAUUCCUAUCAGUGGCAGAAGCAGAGCUGCAGAAGUCUUAUCCUGCAGACUGCUUCUGAAUCUGUAAGGAUGGAAAGACUCUCUGGUUCUGACUCUGGAAUUAUUGAGGUGAACUUGGAUAGGCCUGGAGCCAAAAAUGCCAUUGGCAAGGAUAUGCUAAAAGGAUUACAGCUCAUUCUUGAAGCCAUAAAUAAAGACCCUUCUGCUAAUGUUGCAAUGAUCUGCAGUUCAGUUCCAAAAGUGUUUUGUGCAGGUGCUGACUUGAAGGAGCGCAAGACGAUGAAUCCAUCUGAGGUCCAGCUCUUUGUCAACUCUUUGCGAUCAACGUUCUCAUCCCUAGAGGCACUUCAUGUUCCUACAAUUGCUGUAAUUGAAGGAGCAGCACUGGGUGGAGGACUGGAAAUGGCACUCUCAUGUGAUCUACGAAUAUGUGGAGAAGAGGCAGUAUUUUCCAUGCCAGAGACUGGACUUGCUAUAAUUCCUGGUGCUGGUGGGACUCAACGCCUUCCUAGACUAGUUGGAAGAUCAGUUGCAAAGGAACUCAUAUUCACUGGUCGAAAAAUUAAUGGCAGAGAUGCAAUUUCAAUGGGUAUGAUUAGUGCAAUCCUGCUGGUUCCUGCUGGCGGGGCUUAUCAGAGGGCUCUUGAAAUUGCUCGAGAUAUAAAUCAGAAGGGUCCAUUGGCAAUUAGGAUGGCAAAACGUGCUAUUGAUGGGGGAAUCGACAUAGAGGUGCCUUCAGCUUUGGAAUUGGAAGAGGAGUGUUAUGAGAAGCUUUUGAACACACAAGAUCGCUUGGAAGGCUUGGCAGCAUUUGCUGAGAAGCGGAAGCCAAGAUACAAAGGUGAAUAGAAAAGGGUUCCUGCAUCCAGCUUCUUGUAUCAAUUAUGGCUCAUGAAGCUUUUUAGAGUUGGUCUACCUGCUCACUUCUUGGGGAGGGCAUUGAUAUGUUAAACUAUAUUAAGGAAAAUAAAUUAAGGAGAUGCUGUGAAACCCUUUAUCACUUGGGCGUAUGUAUGAUCUCCAAUGCUGGGUGGUGUUAUCCUGGCUGGCUACAAUGGCAUACUGCAUUUGGUUGGAUUUGAUGAUGGGGAGUGUGGGUAGCAUCUCUGUCCAUGGAUGAAUGUAGUCCAUAUAUGGGUUCUAUUUUCCCUCAUCUGCUUUAUUGUUAAUGACAGGUCCCUUUUCAU